UGCUGCCAGCCACAGAUCCUGUGACUGAUCAGAUUCAGAGGUAUUCAUCGUUGCCGGCGGAUACCAUCCCCUAGCUUGCAUUCAUGGUGGUCGCAAGGCACUUGGUGCGAGGUUACUUGAUUCUCGGGUUGAUUAUUUCUAUCGUUCACGCCCUUAGCCUGUUGCCAGGCUGCUUCACAAAUGACGCCCAUCCGAGGGCAUGUGUUCCUGGAGGAGUGGUAGCUCUUCAGUCAGAGUGGUCUCUCCUUGAUGCUACCGAAGCAGGCGUUGCAGUCAUGGUGGUCGCAAGGCUCUUGGUUCGGGGUUACUUAGUACUCGGGUUGAUGAUUUUAAUCGUUCAUCACCAAAGCCUGUUGCCAGGCUGCUUCACAAAUGACGCCCAUCCGAGGGCAUGUGUUCCUGGAGGAGUGGUAGCUCUUCAGCCAGAGAGGUCUCUCUUUGAUGCUUCCAAAGUGCGCGCUGUGAGCCUCGGAGGAUGGCUUGUCAUUGAGAAAUGGAUGAAGACUUCGUUGUUUGAUGGCAUACCAGAUGGCGACCUUCUUGAUGGAGCGCAAAUUUCACUCCAGUCCAUUUCCAGAGGGACUUACCUAUCAGCAGAAAGAGGUGGAGGAGAUCGAAUGGUCGUCAAUAGGACUGCUAUAUCUACGUGGGAAACAUUCAAGGUAUGGCGAGUAUCUGCUGGAGUAUAUCAGUUGCGAGUCUUCAACAAAAUGUUUGUGUCAGCAAUGAACGGGGGUGGAGGAGCCGUACUUGCAUCUGCAGCAAGUCCAGCUCAAUGGGAGUCAUUUAAGAUACACCGCAAUCCAUCACAGUCGUCUAUGGUUCACAUUCAAGCUUAUAACGGCAUGUAUCUUCAGGCCAGAGAUAGAAACCUGCUGACUGCGGACUUGAAAGAUGUCCCAGGAUGGAAUAAGAACGAUGCUACGUUUAUUAUGGUAGUUAACACCCCUCUAGGAGGCGAGUAUCAGCUCGCUAAUGGAUGGGGUGCUGAAGCGGCAGUGAAUGUUUUUCAAAAACAUAGGGAGUCUUUCGUUCAAGAGAGUGACUUUAGGUUCCUCGCUUCGAAAGGAAUAAAUGCAGUACGCAUCCCAGUUGGAUAUUGGAUAGCAUCAGACCCAAACCCUCCAGCGCCGUAUGUCUCAGGGUCCCUUCAGGCCCUGGACAACGGAUUUCAAUGGGCCAAUAAUCAUGGCAUAAAGAUUAUCAUUGACCUACACGCCGCCCCAGGCUCCCAGAAUGGACAGGAGCACAGCUCUUCACGUGAUGGUAUUGCGGAGUGGGCUGUACAAGUAGGAAUAGACUACAUUGGCGAGUCCAUCAAGACUAUUGACUUCCUAGCAAGCAGGUAUGGCAACAACCAAGCGCUAUUGGGGAUCGAGCUUCUGAAUGAGCCGGGUGCAGCUGUAGUCCCCUUGGAUGUCCUAAAGGAUUACUACGCAAGGGGAUAUAGUACAGUGCGAAAGUACACAUCUUCCGCCUACGUUAUCAUGUGCCAGCGGAUAGGAGGAGAUUUUACAGAGCUUGCGAACGUCUUACCUGCAGACAAAGUCGUCCUUGAUGUUCAUUUCUACAACCUUUUCAAUCAUGAACUCUUCGAUAAAAAAACUCCUGAGUGGAAUAUUGAUUUCGUGUAUAAUGAUCGCCUCAGUCUGGUAAAGAGACUCAACACUGCUGGAAAUGCUCUAAUCUUCGUGGGUGAGUGGACGAAUGAGUGGAUGGUUGAGAAUGCGUCUCAAUCAGAUUACCUGAGGUUUGGGGCUGCUCAACUUCAAGUCUUCGGCCAAGCCACAUUUGGUUGGGCUUAUUGGUCUUACCAACACCAGCUCUAUCGUUGGUCAUUCAAGCAAUCUGUGCAACAAGGCUACCUAAAUGCCCCCACGAGUGGAUGGUAGAAGGAGAACCGUAUCAAAAUCCAAAUGAAUACGCAUAACGGAAAUUUCUUAAUCUUUUUUUAACAUCUUGCUCACUUAAGCAAAGAUUUGUCGGUCAGCUAAGUUUUUGGACUCACCUUGCUGAACCAUGCCAAGAGAAAGUGGCAAUUUUCUCGCAAAGCUUUAAAGUACAGCUGUACGCUAUCUUCACUUUUGACCUGAUGUUUUCCAGGCUAUAUAGGUUCUCUGAACAGCACACCGCGACCUUCUCUCUUAAAAUGUCUGUCUUCUUGUGCUUGGAGCCUGGCAAUUGAACUGCCAUUUGCAGCCGCCUCUGCACUACAUGUCGAGGCUGAAGAUUAUAAACAUAUUUCUUUAAACCGGUUAUCGUCGCUCGGUCAGAGGGCGAGAAAUCAGUGAUUUUAUCGUAAUCAAUUUGUUAGAAGCCGGACUUUAACCUGUAAGUUAUGAGGAAAGUUAUGUCAUGUGUAGUUGCUCAAGUCAUUGAUACAUUAUAUCAAACAUUAUUAUAAUAUAUUCAUUGGAGUAAUUACAAGCAGAUGCAUCAAGUGGUUCGCAGUCCUUGAACGUUGGAUCCAGCAACUUAUGUAUGACUGUGUGCAAUUAAAGUGCUUGGACUGUCGUUCCGGCUGAAAGACGACUUGCAACCUCGCUCGUCAGUUUCAUAUAUUUUGCGACCAAUAAGGUGUGUUGUCCCGUACUCUAAAAACUGGAUGGUGGUAGCUGCGAAUUGUCAGGUCGAUCGGAAGCUGUUGAAGGAUCUGUAAGGAGCACUGACCAGGACACACGCUGCAAUCGAGGAUUGGAUGUGGUUAGUACCCAUUUCAUCCUGCGCUUACCCAUUGUUAGAUAAUUGGAAAUUCUAGUACAAGUCAGAGCGCCUCUAUCACACACAAAACGGCUUUGGUCUGAAUGAAGGUUUCUCGGAACUAGCACAUGUGUGUAGCAAGUUGGAGGUUUCGAAAGGAGAGUUAUUGAUAAUCGUUCGGUUGAAGCUGUUGUCACGGCAACUCAGAGAACAGUCAGCAGCACAAACGAGACAUGGAGCUCACUUCUGAGCGUUUUGACGUAACCUUGUCGUGACUCAGAGUAGUGGAGAGUGGCUGCUCCCCAAUCUGUUGGGAAGGACUUUACACGUGACUUUGCAAUGAAUUUGUGACUCAUGGCCAAGUCUGAACAAACUACGAGACUAUUUUCUGCAACCCUGUUCUCGAUUUUGCCGAUUGCUGCAGCUGACGAGAGUCCGAUCUCUAUUGGAAGUCCCAGCUCUGGCCCCGCCGAGCAACUGUCAUGAUCUCCACCACCGCGUGCUCCACCGACGACUCCAGAUCAGUGCUCCCCAUGAUGCUGACUUUCUUGCUUUUCCUGGAAGAAGACGAGGUUGUUCCCAGCGCACAGUGCUGUACUGGCUCGUAGUACGCCUUGACUGCAAGCAAUUGUUUUACCCCGACUCCAUUGUCAACCACACUGGGGGAAUCUCAUGCCUGCCCUUUGCCAAUUCACUACUGACCUGAGCUAUGACUGUGCUGCCUUCAUCUGGGUAGGAGGUCCAGUGAUGAUUCUGAUAAGAGCACUAUCCUCUCACACUAUCCCUUUCGUUUCUUUUUAACUUGCUUUGAAAAAUGAGAUCAAGUGUAGAAUUUACAUGAAAAGCUGUUCGCCUUUUGUGUCCUUAGAUGGGCUGACACAAGAUUGAUUAUAAAAUGGGCGCAGAGGAGAGGAUUUAUUCGUACAGGAAGAAUGUGAUUGGAUUUGUAGUUAUGGUCAGCUUCGUUAUAGCUUGCAUUAUUUGUUGGUAUCGCUAUACCUAUCCAUAAAAAGCUCAGGAAAAGAAGACCUUCACCUCUUGUUCUGAAGACAGGGUUCCAGGGCGAGGAACCUGGCAGCGAUUACUGAGACCUCAAGUUGGAUGGAAUACCAGCACACUCACACAGCAAUUUAAUCAACAUUUUCGUGGACUCAGCUCAUUUAACUUUCCGAUCCAUGUACUGCGAAGACACCCCCCCCCCCCCCGUAAAGAUCACCGAAGCGUGGGAUGAGCGCUGCAUUGUGCUUGUCUAGUUCACAAUGCAGCUCAUGAAGAAAACAGUACAAUUGUAAGAAUCUGACUUCGCAUUCAGUUGAUUAUAGCAUUCAAGAAGCUGGUCUAAGAACAUUCAAUGCUCAAGAAUGGGAGGCCUUCGAGAGUUUCUUUAGAGGCAUACUCUGAAACGCAGGAGACAGUUACUGCAGAGAUCAAGUGAUGCAGAUUUGACGCGUUGGGAAGUAUCGUUUUCUGUUCUUUCAAGCACAAUGCUUUCACUGUGGCUGGCCUACAGCACGGUAUGUUUGUGAGAUUAUCAUUUUACCAGGAGGUAUGUUUGUUCCAAGGCCAGAUGAAUAUUUUCCAAUUUUUACUCAAGAAAUUAAGUCAGGGGGAGUGUAAAAAAUCCUUCCUAUCAAUAUUAAGUAGUUGUUCUUCUAAUCGA